AUGCCCAGCACGGACGUGGCAAGGAUGGCAAUGGAAAGGUUGUCUUCUUUCAAGGGUAGAGUAGAACAUGAACAGACUAGAGAUUUGGAAGCGACUUUUGGUGAUUCCCACGGUAGCUGUGAAAAUGUAAAGGAGGAUCCCAGAACUACGGGUCACUCCAAAUCUUCUCAAAAGGCAACCAUAACCUCCGGGACCAAUGAACCGAGUCAGAAUCACUCACUCGAGUUGCCUGCAGAGCUGAGUGACCUGGAGAGAAGUUUGUUAACGGCGUGUAGAAAAGGAUACACUGUCCUCCCUGCUCGUAGUUUCUUUGCAGAUAUAAAGGGCCCUAAAGAAGUAGCAUGGGUUCACUUCAGGAAACACAGUCAGCGGCAGAUAAGCGGAACAAACAUGACCUGUGAGCAACCCAAAGAGGAGACUUCCCUCUGUGAAACUGAGAUGAAGGUGGAAGGCUCAAUGUAG